CUGCCAGAAGAGCACCACAAAUCCAUCCAGGAAUACUUCCACACCUCACUCUGUCUCGAUGCUGAGCAAGCCCAGAAUGGGAACCCUAACCUCCCCCAUCUAAAGAAGCUCACCAUGGGAAUCUGCAAACAACUAAACAGGUACCAGUACUGGCAGACAGUAGCUGUUUCUGCAACAUCUACAGCGCUUGGCAAUUCACUGUAAACAGUGUUUAACUGUCCCUUGUGAAAUGAAUUAACAUUUCUGUGCUCUUAGAAUGUGUCAGUGAGAUCUGUCGGUUUCAGGUCAAUUUAAUUCAUUCAGCCACUUAGGGAAGUAAACUGAAUUGAAAUGGACCCCAAACCCUGGUAAACAGCAUUUAAACAAUUUCUGUGCUCCUGUGUUGGUGUCAGCGAGAUCUCCCGUACCCUGCCCUCUCUGGAGGCCAUUCAGAGGCUUCUGGACCAGAAGCUGUCGCCAGGGAUCGGACGCCUGAGGAGUCAGGUAAGUGGACAUUAUUCAUAUUUACCUUUUAUCAUACAUAAUCUUAACAUCAACAUUCAGCAAAGAGACGGUAUGAGCUGCAUUGGAGACGGUACCAUUUUAACAUCAACAUUCAAUUAAGAAAUGGGUCGGUAUGAGCUGCAUUGGAGAGGGUCUUUGUCUUUCCAUAAAAAUGAAUCAAAAUGCUGCAUGGUUGUAGGUACAUGGAUAAUGCAUGGUUGCAGGUACAUGGAUAAUGCAUGGUUGCAGGUACGUGGAUAAUGCAUGGUUGUAGGUAAAUUAAUGCUGCAUGGUUGUAGGUAAAUUGAUGCUGCAUGGUUGUAGGUAAAUUGAUGCUGCAUGGUUGUAGGUAAAUUGAUUCUGCAUGGUUGUAGGUAAAUUGAUUCUGCAUGGUUGUAGGUAAAUUGAUGCUGCAUGGUUGUAGGUAAAUUGAUGCUGCAUGGUUGUAGGUAAAUUGAUGCUGCAUGGUUGCAUGUUGCUAUUAUGAACACUUUAUUAGACACUUCUGUUUAGUUUUAUAUCAUCUCUGGUCUAGUGUACAGUAUUUAUAUCAUCUCUGGUCUAGUGUACAGUAUUUAUAUCAUCUCUGGUCUAGUGUACAGUAUUUAUAUCAUCUCUGGUCUAGUGUACAUUAUUUAUAUCUUGACACACAAAGAAUGGUGAAUGAACGAGACUUUUAACUGUCCAAUUUCUGUUCAACCGUGACUGAGAACACAUUACGAGCGUGAUCAUUGACAACACACACAGGGGAGGUUUUCGUUAAAGCUGAAUGAGGCUGAAGGUUCUCUGAUGUUUUAGUUUCACAUUGUAGUUCACUGCAGCCUACCUCUGCUCUAUUCUACUGUAGUUCACUGCAGCCUACCUCUGCUCUAUUCUACUGUAGUUCACUGCAGCCUACCUCUGCUCUAUUCUACUGUAGUUCACUGCAGCCUACCUCUGCUCUAUUCUACUGUAGUUCACUGUAGCCUACCUCUGCUCUAUUCUACUGUAGUGUAGCCUACCUCUGCUCUAUUCUACUGUAGUGUAGCCUACCUCUGCUAUAUUCUACUGUAGUUCACUGCAGCCUACCUCUGCUCUAUUCUACUGUAGUUCACUGCAGCCUACCUCUGCUCUAUUCUACUGUAGUUCACUAUAGCCUACCUCUGCUCUAUUCUACUGUAGUUCACUGCAGCUUACCUCUGCUCUAUUCUACUGUAGUUUACUGCAGCCUACCUCUGCUCUAUUCUCGGUUUGUUCUGCAGAGAUAUACACUUUGUCUAUCAAUAUAAUGUCAUGUUUCCAAUAGUUGUCGUCAAAUUAAUGAUGUUGUCUCUGAAGUGUUGAAUUCACAUCACGUUUCUGUUUUAAAUUUUCUAGGUGUCAGCAGAUUCCGGUCAGUCUGUGUCCAUCAGGCUGGAACAACUGACCAAGCUGCUCUACUCCAUAGAGGAGAAGGUCAAUGUUUAACACGAUUCUAAACCUAGGAGCCUGUCCCAGAUGGCACCCUAUUUCCUAUAUAUAGUGCACUACUUUUGACCAGGUCCCAUAGAGCUCUGGCCAAAGGUAACACACUAUAUAGGGAAUAGGGUGCCAUUUGGGAAGCAAUAUUAUUCUAAAAUGAAAAUGUUAUUCAACUUUUGCAUAAAGCUCUUUCAUUUUCUAUUUCUAUCAAUCACUAACUAACCCUGGUGUAAUCACUAACUAAUCACUAACUAAACCCUUGUCUAAUCACCAACCUCUCAUAUGUUGCAACAUCUUCCCUGUUACAUUUUGACAUUACCAUACCAUGGCAAAACAUCAUCUUGAAGAAGUAGUGUUCAUUUGCUGUAGUUCCCUUUUCAGGCCAAAACUGCAGUGUUUGAGUGGGCUGGGAAUGACGGAGGCCACAGGAGGUCUCUGAUACCACCUAUUACAUUUGAAGUAAGUGAGCUAAAAAAAGAUACAAUAGCCAAAAAAGGCAUUUUCACAACUUUAUGACAUAUCAAAAGGCAAGAUUGAGAAGAAACCUGACUGAAACAAAGUCAUUUCUCUCAAUUGUCAUUGGGGGGUAAACUCAAUGAGUGUAUUUGAAUGGACAAAGCCAUCGAUCACGUGACACCAUUAACGCCUAUGUGAACACUCAGUAGUGCAUUUGAAGCCAAGGAAAUUGAUUAAAGAUGGCAUCUCAUGGAUACUCCACAUAACAUGCGCAGCUAGUCCAGGCUAGCUCCAGGCUAGUCCAGGCUAGCUCCAGGCUAGCUCCAGGCUAGCUCCAGGCUAGCUCCAGGCUAGUCCAGGCUAGCUCCAGGCUAGCUCCAGGCUAGUCCAGGCUAGCUCCAGGCUAGCUCCAGGCUAGCUCCAGGCUAGCUCCAGGCUAGCUCCAGGCUAGUCCAGGCUAGCUCCAGGCUAGCUCCAGGCUAGCUCCAGGCUAGUCCAGGCUAGCUCCAGGCUAGCUCCAGGCUAGUCCAGGCUAGCUCCAGGCUAGCUCCAGGCUAGUCCAGGCUAGCUCCAGGCUAGCUCCAGGCUAGUCCAGGCUAGCUCCAGGCUAGCUCCAGGCUAGCUCCAGGCUAGUCCAGGCUAGCUCCAGGCUAGCUCCAGGCUAGUCCAGGCUAGCUCCAGUGCUGCCCCCCUCUCAUUGAGUAUCUCAAGUUGAAGGCCAACCGUGGUACUGCAGGCUGCGAUUAGCAACUCAAUUAUACUUAUAAUUUCUUCUGUGUGUGAUUUUAAAAUAAUUGGUUCAAGCGCGUGCAUAUGGUGUAAUAGAAGCAAUUAUUGGUACCAUGACUGUCUUCUGAAUCUUUAAUUUUUUUUACAUGAAGAUUGACCACAAAAAUGGACAUUUUCCCAUUCAUUGUAAUGGGGGAUCCUGUUGUUUUGCUAAAAUUUUAGUCAUUUAGCAGACGCUCUUAUCCAGAGCGACUUACAGUUAGUGAGUGCAUACAUUAUUUUUUGUAUUUUUCAUACUGGCCCCCCGUGGGAAUCAAAGCCACAACCCUGGCGUUGCAAACGCCAUGCUCUACAUCCCUGCCGGCCAUUCCUAUCCCUACCCUGGAUGACGCUAGGCCAAUUGUGCGCCGCCCCAUGGGUCUCCCGGUCGCGGCCGGUUACGACAGAGCCUGGAUUCAAACCAGGAUCUCUAGUGGCACAGCUAGCACUGCGAUGCAGUGCCUUAGACCACUGCGCCACUCGGGAGGUAACAAUGUCUGCAGCACCGUGGUCGGCUUUGAACAUCCGUGGCUUCAAUGAGAGGGGGCAGUCGUUUUCCCCUGGGUAAACUGCAAAUUAAGUUUUAUUCCAAAACGCUAUAUAUAAAUUUUCUGAAAUGUUGGUAAAUUAGCUUUUAUUGUUUAAAGAACUUAUGAAAGAGAUUGGUGUGUUUUUUAAGCAUCUAAUCAUGGCAUGGGGCUGUUCGAUGACAGACAUGUAUUUGUUUAAAAUCUAUCACUUGAUGGUUUCAUUUCAGAGAGACAAGUAAUCAUUUUUUGCUGCAAAAUGCUAUAUACACUCUCUGAGAAAUAAGUAGUACUGCUAGGUUUUACACAGUCAUGUGACAAAUAACUAGAUUUUUUUAAAUAAAGAAAUGUACAAAUUAUUCAUUUGUUACAUCAAUAUAAAACUUUUUUUUUACAAAGAUUAAUAAAUACAGUAAUAUGAGAUCUGUAUGUAAAUAUUUACAUUUUAGUCAUUUAGCAGAUGCUCUUAUCCAGAGCUACUUACAGUUAGUACAUUCAUCUUAAGAUACAGUGGGGAAAAAAAGUAUUUAGUCAGCCACCAAUUGUGCAAGUUCUCCCACUUAAAAAGAUGAGAGAGGCCUGUAAUUUUCAUCAUAGGUACACGUCAACUAUGACAGACAAAUUAAGAAAAAAAAAUCCAGAAAAUCACACUGUAGGAUUUUUAAUGAAUUUAUUUGCAAAUUAUGGUGGAAAAUAAGUAUUUGGUCACCUACAAACAAGCAAGAUUUCUGGCUCUCACAGACCUGUAACUUCUUCUUUAAGAGGCUCCUCUGUCCUCCACUCGUUACCUGUAUUAAUAGCACCUGUUUGAACUUGUUAUCAGUAUAAAAGACACCUGUCCACAACCUCAAACAGUCACACUCCAAACUCUGAUUUCUUCAAACCAAGAGCUGUCAAAGGACACCAGAAACAAAAUUGUAGACCUGCACCAGGCUGGGAAGACUGAAUCUGCAAUAGGUGAGCAGCUUGGUUUGAAGAAAUCAACUGUGGGAGCAAUUAUUAGGAAAUGGAAGACAUACAAGUCCACUAAUAAUCUCCCUCGAUCUGGGGCUCCACGCAAGAUCUCACCCCGUGGGGUCAAAAUGAUCACAAGAACGGUGAGCAAAAAUCCCAGAACCACACAGGGGGACCUAGUGAAUGACCUGCAGAGAGCUGGGACCAAAGUAACAAAGCCUACCAUCAGUAACACACUACGCCGCCAGGGACUCAAAUCCUGCAGUUCCAGACGUGUCCCCCUGCUUAAGCCAGUACAUGUCCAGGCCCGUCUGAAGUUUGCUAGAGUGAAUUUGGAUGAUCCAGAAGAGGAUUGGGAGAAUGUCAUAUAGUCAGAUGAAACCAAAAUAUAACUUUUUGGUAAAAACUCAACUCGUCGUGUUUGGAGGACAAAGAAUGCUGAGUUGCAUCCAAAGAACACCAUACCUACUGUGAAGCAUGGGGGUGUAAACAUCAUGCUUUGGGGCUGUUUUUCUGCAAAGGGACCAGGACGACUGAUCCGUGUAAAGGAAAGAAUGAAUGGGGCCAUGUAUCGUGAGAUUUUGAGUGAAAACCUCCUUCCAUCAGCAAGGGCAUUGAAGAUGAAACGUGGCUGGGUCUUUCAGCAUGACAAUGAUCCCAAACACACUGCCCGGGCAACGAAGGAGUGGCUUCGUAAGAAGCAUUUCAAGGUCCUGGAGUGGCCUAGCCAGUCUCCAGAUCUCAACCCCAUAGAAAAUCUUUGAGGGAGUUGAAAGUCCGUGUUGCCCAGCGACAGCCCCAAAACAUCACUGCUCUAGAGGAGAUCUGCAUGGAGGAAUGGGCCAAAAUAGUGUGUGAAAACCUUGUGAAGACUUACAGAAAACGUUUGACCUGUGUCAUUGCCAACAAAGGGUAUAUAACAAAGUAUUGAGAAACUUUUGUUAUUGACCAAAUACUUAUUUUCCACCAUAAUUUGCAAAUAAAUUCAUAAAAAAUCCUACAAUGUGAUUUUCUGGAUUUUUUUUUCUUAUUUUGUCUGUCAUAGUUGACGUGUACCUAUGAUGAAAAUUAAAGGCCUCUCUCAUCUUUUUAAGUGGGAGAACUUGCACAAUUGGUGGCUGACUAAAUACUUUUUUUCCCCACUGUAGCUAGACAAGACAACCAUAUCGCAGGAUACGAACAACCAACUCCAUUUUAAUACACGUAUAAAAUAUAUCAAUAAAACAUGUGAGAACAGUAAUAUUUUACACACACACACGAAGGUACCCAUAGCAAUUAUUUCUGAUUUUAAAAAAACACAAAUGUGGAAAAUUGGUGGAUAUAGCAUUUUUUGGAACGAAUCUCUUCAAAUUGUCUUUGCACGGUUCAAUUGCACAGGGUUCCUUUUGUGAAAUUUGUGAGGUCUUCUUUGCAGGUCAAAUCAGAGUUGCUUGGUCUCACAACCAAGAUGUUCCUCAAGGUGGAUGUUGAAAGUGGGAAGAUAUACUUCAAGAAAUGUAAAGACGGGCCAGAAGACAAAUACUUUGUUCACAAUAAAAGUAAGUACUCUAUUCCUGAUAAAAUCACAGAAAUUUCUAUUUCUAUUUUACAUUCUGUAUUGUACCUAAGUCGGCGUCCCAAAUGGCACCCCAUUCCCUAUAUAGUGCACUACUUUAGACCAGAGAAUGGCACCCUAUUCACUAUAUAGUGCACUACUUUAGACCAGAGAAUGGCACCCUAUUCCCUAUAUAGUGCACUACUUUAGACCAGAGAAUGGCACCCUAUUCCCUAUAUAGUGCACUACUUUAGACCAGAGAAUGGCACCCUAUUCCCUAUAUAGUGCACUACUUUAGACCAGAGAAUGGCACCCUAUUCCCUAUAUAGUGCACUACUUUAGACCAGAGAAUGGCACCCUAUUCCCUAUAUAGUGCACUACUUUAGACCAGAGAAUGGCACCCUAUUCCCUAUAUAGUGCACUCCUUUAGACCAGAGAAUGGCACCCUAUUCCCUAUAUAGUGCACUACUUUAGACCAGAGAAUGGCACCCUAUUCCCUAUAUAGUGCACUACUUUAGACCAGAGAAUGGCACCCUAUUCCCUAUAUAGUGCACUACUUUAGACCAGAGAAUGGCAACCCUAUUCCACUAUAUAGUGCACUACUUUAGACCAGAGAAUGGCACCCUAUUCCUAUAUAGUGCACUACUUUAGACCAGAGAAUGGCAACCCUAUUCCCUAUAUAGUGCACUACUUUAGACCAGAGAAUGGCACCCUAUUCCCUAUAUAGUGCACUACUUUAGACCAGAGAAUGGCACCCCAUUCCCUAUUAGUGCAACUACUUUAGACCAGAGAAUGGCACCCCUAUUCCCUAUAUAGUGCACUACUUUAGACCAGAGAAUGGCACCCUAUUCACUAUAUAGUGCACUACUUUAGACCAGAGAAUGGCACCCUAUUCCCUAUAUAGUGCACUACUUUAGACCAGAGAAUGGCACCCUAUUCCCUAUAUAGUGCACUACUUUAGACCAGAGAAUGGCACCCUAUUCCCUAUAUAGUGCACUACUUUAGACCAGAGAAUGGCACCCUAUUCCCUAUAUAGUGCACUACUUUAGACCAGAGAAUGGCACCCUAUUCACUAUAUAGUGCACUACUUUAGACCAGAGAAUGGCACCCUAUUCCCCUAUAUAGUGCACUACUUUAGACCAGAGAAUGGCACCCUAUUCCCUAUAUAGUGCACUACUUUAGACCAGAGAAUGGCACCCUAUUCCCUAUAUAGUGCACUACUUUAGACCAGAGAAUGGCACCCUAUUCCCUAUAUAGUGCACUACUUUAGACCAGAGAAUGGCACCCUAUUCCCUAUAUAGUGCACUACUUUAGACCAGAGAAUGGCACCCUAUUCCCUAUAUAGUGCACUACUUUAGACCAGAGAAUGGCACCCCAUUCCCUAUAUAGUGCACUACUUUAGACCAGAGAAUCGCACCCCAUUCCCUAUAUAGUGCACUACUUUAGACCAGAGAAUGGCACCCCAUUCCCUAUAUAGUGCACUACUUUUAAAAAAUGUUGGGAGGCAAUCUAAGACACCAGUUGAUGUAGGCCUAAUGUGUACCAUGUGUAGUCUUACAGCUGGUGAAAUCCCAGAAAGUUGCCAAGCUGGUGAUCGUGGUGGAGACGGAGAAGGAGAAGACUCAGAGGAAAGAGUUUGUCUUCGACGACACAAAGGUAAAGACCUCAAAGUUAUUAAGGUGUCAAGCUGUGGUUUCAUGUUAUAUCUGUACGGUGUCUUCUGAUGUCUGUGUGUCCCGUGUGUGUGUGUGUGUGUGUGUGUGUCACCAGAAAAGAGAGGGAUUUUGCCAACUCCUUCAGCAGAUGAAGAACAAACACUCAGACAAGCCUGAGCCAGACAUGAUCACUUUGUUUGUCGGCACCUGGAAUAUGGGUAACAAUCGCUGCCUUCAAUGUCUACCUUCGCCUAGAAUGCAUAUAACUUUUUUACAUGGUGUUUCAAUUUGUUUCUAAUAAAUACUCUAUUUGGGGCGAUUCCACACCAGCGUGGCCCGAAAAUGUUUUUGGGGAGGGAAGAUAUUUAAUAUGCUUUUACAUUUGUAUCACAAACCAUUUUUUUGAGAAAAUCAUCAUGAAAACUGGUCAUUUUAAGCUACAUGCCUUCUAUAAGACCGUAUAGAGGGAGAGGAAGCGACUUCACCGUUCACUUUCUAUAUUCAGGGUUCACUCAAACAUCGUUUGAAGCUUUGUUUUACUAUUGACAGUUACAGCUGAUGUCGGGAUUGUACGGUAUAUCGAUUCACUGUACUUCAAUAUAAAUCAUCUGAAGUAUUCGUUUCAGUCUCUGAACUGUUUAAGAAAACUUUUUGCCGCCAGCUCCUGAAGUCAGGGCACCAACAAACUAUCAUGGUCCAAACACACCAAGACAGUCGUGAAGAGGGCACGACAACACCUUUUCCCCCUCAGGAGACUGAAAAGAUUUGACAUGGGUCCCCAUAUCCUCAAAAAGUUAUACAGCUGCACCAUCGAGAGCAUCCUGACUGGUUGCAUCACCGCCUGGUAUGGCAACUGCUCGGCCUCCGACCGCAAGGCGCUACAGAGGGUAGUGCGUACGGCCCAGUACAUCACUGGGGCCAAGCUUCCUGCCAUCCAGGACCUAUAUACAAGGCGGUGUCAGAGGAAGGCCCAACAUUUUUUUAAAGACUCCAGUCACCCUAGUCAUUGACUGUUCUCUCUGCUACCGCACGGCAAAAAGUACCGGAGCGCCAAGUCUAGGUCCAAAAGGCUCCUUAACAGCUUCUAUCCCCAAGCCAUAAGACUCCUGAACAGCUAAUCAAAUGGCCUCCCGGACUAUUUACAUUGACACCUGGCUAAACUAGCUGGCUAAACUAGCUGGCUAAACUAGCUGUCUAGCUGAACUAAGCUAGUUUUUGUCCUCAUUGUAAACUUCAUAAAUACUGCAUCCUCAACUUCAAAACUCCUUUGCUAGUUAUACAAUAAUGUAACUAAGAAAUUCGCUGUAAAGAAACAUAGAAAAGUAUUGAUUGUUUUAUUGUUUUGUUGAAUAGUCAUGACUGGUUCGAGAUAUCUGUUGUAAGACGACGGUGGCGAAGGACAUCAUUGCUAGUUAACGCCGAUUGUCACGCUCGUCGAUGAGAGAGGACCAAGGCGCAGCGUUACGAGCGAACAUAUUUAUUAUUUAAACGUACACACGAACAAAACAACGAAAACGUGACGUCUAUGGUACAACAUGAAACCACACAAACAAAAUCCCACAAACACAAGGUGAACACAGACAGUUUAAAUAUGGCUCCCAAUCAGAGAUAACGAGCCGACAGCUGACACUCGUUACCUCCGAUUGGGAGUCAUUGACCAAAUAAGGGAAACACAAAACCAAUGACCACCCAACCAAAACAAAAACACAACCAAAACGAACACACCCUGGCUCAAAAUACAAAGUCCCAGAGCCAGAGCGUGACAGUACCCCCCCCUAAAGGCGCGGACUGCGACCGCGCCUCAAAACCCCAAAUAGGGGAGGGCUGGGUGGGUGUUGCUCCUCGGAGGCGGCUCCGGCUCCGGGCUUGACCACCACCCUACUUCAAUCCCCGCAUAACGGCCCCGAUCCAAUCUGACCCAGCUGGCUGGAUCAGGACUGACGACGCGCACCCCUGGCUUAGCGCGUGAGGCAGGAACGGACCGGACCUGGCUGACGAUACGCACCCUAGGCUUGGUGCGUGGAGCCGGAACGGACCUCACCAGGCUGACGCCUCGCACCCCUGGCUUGGUGCGAGUAGCAGGAAUGGGCUGGACCGGGCUGACGACUCGCACCCUUGGCUUGGUGCGAGUAGCAGGAACAGACCAGACCAGGCUGACGACUCGCACCCUUGGCUUGGUGCGAGUAGCAGGAACAGACCGGACCAGGCUGACGACUCGCACCCUUGGCUUGGUGCGAGUAGCAGGAACGGGCUGGACCAGGCCGACGACUCGCUUCCCUGGUUUGGUGCGAGUAGCAGGAACGGGCUGGACCAGGCUGACGACUCGCACCCCUGGUUUGGUGCGAGUGGCAGGAACAGGCCGGGUCGGGCUGGCGACGCACACCGCAGGUCUGGUGCGUGGAGCAGGAAGAGGCCGGGCUGGGCUGGCGAAGCGCACCUCAGACUCGGUGCGGAGCGCAGGAACGUGCCGGGCUGGGCUGGCGACGCGCACCACAGACUCGGUGCGGAGCGCAGGAACGGACCGGGCUGGGCUGUCGACGCACACCGUAGGUUUGGUGCGGGGAGCAGGAAUAGACCGGACCGUACUGGGGACACACACCACUGGCUCUACACCGGGAUCUGGAACGGGCCGGACCGGACUGGCAACACACGCCAGUACCUCUCGCCGUGCCUCUACACCUACCAUCCCCUCUUCUACCAGUGGCCCCCGUAACCUGGCGGCCUCCUCUGCAACCCCGCUGGACCGCUCCAUCGCGGCCUCCUGCUGCCCCGACGUCGUGAGCCCCCCCCUAAAAAAUUUCUGGGGGUCUCUCCAGGCCUCCAACAUUCUCUCCCAUCUCUCGCUCCUCUGUCUCCAACCCUCUUCACUCAGCUCCUCCAUGGGCUUGACCCAAUCGAAGCUGCCACGGAGAUCUAUUAGCGAUGGCUCUUGGACACGCUGCUUGGUCUGGUCUUGGUGGGAUUUUCUGUCACGCUCGUCGAUGAGAGAGGACCAAGGCGCAGCGUUACGAGCGAACAUAUUUAUUAUUUAAACGUACACACGAACAAAACAACGAAAACGUGACGUCUAUGGUACAACAUGAAACCACACGAACAAAAUCCCACAAACACAAGGUGAACACAGACAGUUUAAAUAUGGCUCCCAAUCAGAGAUAACGAGCCGACAGCUGACACUCGUUACCUCCGAUUGGGAGUCAUUGACCAAAUAAGGGAAACACAAAACCAAUGACCACCCAACCAAAACAAAAACACAACCAAAACGAACACACCCUGGCUCAAAAUACAAAGUCCCGGAGCCAGAGCGUGACACCGAUCCAAGUUCAGUUUUGUGAUCCACCCGCGUCAUUGGCGUAGGAUCCGCUGGACGGUUUCGGACUGGGGACAGGUCUUGGAGCUGUCAGAGCACACUAUAAGGAAUAUAGCGGGCGGCAGGUAGCUUAGUGGUUAAGAGCGUUGUGCCAGUAACCGAAAGGUCGCUGGUUCUAAUCCCCGAGCCGACUAAGUGAAAAACCUGUCGAUGUGCCCUUGAGCAAGGCACUUAACCCUAAUUGCUCCUGUAAGUCGCUCUGGAUAAGAGCGUCUGCUAAAUGACCAAUUAAUAUAAUGACACCAAGAUGUUGUCUGUAUCAUGUACGGUUCACGGAUCAUAUGGUCUUUUUUUGUGUGAUACAAAUGUAAAAAUAAUGUCAAACAUCCUUCCUCACAAUUAAGUUUCUAUGUGAGAAUUGCCAGAACAAUCUCAGAUGCCAAAAAAUAUUUUCGGGCCACACUGGGAUGGAAUAUUUAUCGAUUGAUAUUGAUCAAUAUCGACAUUGCUGCUUUAGCUCAGUGGAUAAUUGUUUUGCUGAAUGACUCAACAACUAGUAACACAUUUCCUAAUAAAAAAUAUAAAAAAAGAUAUUGAUUAAUUGACUGAUUGAUUGAUCAUUACCUCUCCCCCCAGGGAACGCCAGUCCCCCCCAAAGCAUAGCAUCCUGGUUCCAGUGUAAGGGUCAGGGCAAGACCAGGGAUGACACGGCCGACCACAUCCCUCAUGACAUCUAUGUGAUCGGGACUCAGGAAGAUCCCCUGGGGGAGAAGGAGUGGACGGACACACUGAAGAGUGCGCUGAGAGGAACCACCAACAUCAGCUUCAAA